UCUGUCUGUCGCGCGUCUCUUCACGACACAGCCGAGCGUUUUACGGCCGCGUUGUGGUCAGCCGUGGAGUCGGAGGAAGGUUAAACCGGAAAAACAAAAAAACAAGAAACACAAGAAAACAAAGAAACAGGGUGUGUGCUCCCUCUUGUCUUCUCCACAGCGUCCCGUUUCACCCGUCAUCAGCACCAUGCCGUUCGUCGACUUGCAGACGCGGCUCGGUAUCAACCUGGACCGCUGGAUGCUGCUGCAGAGCGGAGAGCAGCCGAACAAGAGAGCGGCGCGCUGCCACGCCUUCGAGAAGGAGUGGAUCGAAUGUGCCCACGGCAUCGGGCAGACCCGCGCUGAGAAGGAGUGCAAGCUGGAGUUUGAGGACUUCUACGAGUGCAUGCACAGGCAGAAGACGCACGAGAGGCUGCACGCCAUCCGUCAGCAGCGUGACAAGAUGAUAAAGGAGGGGACCUACACGCCACCAGCGUGCCACUCAGGCAAGGCAUGAGGGAACACACGGCUGUCCACAGUUCUCUUCUUGUGUAUAGUAAAUCUAUUUCCUGUUCGCCUGUACAAGUUUGCAAAUAAAUGUUAUCAUCCACUGUC